AUGACGGGACGGGCCGAGACGCGAACCCCUGAACCGCCCGACCGCGACGAACACGAAAAAUCACCACCGCGAUUGUUGAGGCCGAGACGCACCACCAGGCCACCGAACAAUUAUGCCCAGGAGCAAGAACUCGAUAUCGAACAUACCAACGCACGUGCCCAGCAGAAAAAGAAGACCCAGUCCAAGCCAGCAGCCCAACGUGAAGCGGUCGCCUCGGAAUCAUCAACAGAGAGCGAGGAGCCGAACGCGUCGGAACUGUUAAAAGAACUUGAAGGAAAUCAGACAGCGAGACCGAUUACACAAGGAGGAGCUUCAAAAGCCAAAGAAGAAUUUAGCGCCCUCAAAGAAGAGUUUAGUGCCGCCCUUGCAGAAGUUCGACACGAGCUACAGACCCUGGCAGAUAGACCCGCGACACCACAAUCCCACCUCGAGCCAUACUCUCAGAAUGACCAAGAUGAGAUCCUGCGCGAGAUUCAGUCCUUACGCGAGGAAAUCAGCGCCCCUGCUCCCAUCAGCUCCCCUUCCUAUGCAGAGGUCGCGCGCACUCCUCCGACCAGUCACCCAAGCAACAUACGGACCCUCUCAACGCUGAAUACCACACCAUCCACCUUCACCGACACGUUAUACUGCACGGUAGACACCUCGAAGAUGACCGAAAGUGAAAACGAGAAGAAAUCUGCAGGCUCAAUCAGGGCCACAAUCGAGAAAGAAAUCCGAACGAUGGAUGAUCACACUCACUGGCGCUGUCGCGCGGUUACUGUCAGCCCAAGAGAUCCCAACCGGAUCAGGAUCGCGUGUCGCGAUGAAGCUGAGCACCAGCUGGUCAAGAAAGUGGCGGAGGAAAAGAUCGGAACGGGAGCCCGGGUGCUCCGGGACGAGUUCUAUCCGCUGAAGGUCGACAGCGUCAAGAGGUCUGCAGUACUGGAUGAAAACCAUGAAAUCCUGGCAGGAGCAGCUGCAGCCCUGGGGGAGGAAAAUGAAACUACAGUCGCCAAGAUAACGUGGCUUAGCAGCAAGGAAGCCGCGAAGCCAUAUGGGUCAAUGGUCGUGUACCUCACCAAAGGCACUGACGCGCGGAGGCUCCUGGCCGACGGAUACUUUCAUGUUGGAGGGGAAUCCGGGACAACCAGCAUCUUUGAACAUCGACCACGACCGUUGCAGUGUUAUAACUGCCAGGAGAUUGGUCACAAGGCAUUUCAAUGCAAGAAGAUCCAGAAGUGCGCAAAGUGCGCUACGGAGGGUCAUCACCACAGUCGCUGCGAUCAAGAGGGUACCGUGCAUGAAAGCUUGAUGAACGAUGAACAGACUAAGGACGCAGUGGCGUUAGCGAUUCAGGAACCUCAGGCGAGGAGGAUUCAGGGCCGGCUCUUGACCACCCCGAUGGGACACCACAAAUGGACGAAGAUGGUUCCCUCCACCUGGAGGGAAGGCAGAUGGGCGAUCCGAAGCAUGCUGUGGGUUAAUAAAGACAUAGAAGCAGAGCAAGUGGCUGUCGAGUCCCCGGAUCUGACAGCGGCGGUCGUUCGGUUACCCGGACGGCUGAUCUUUAUAGCGUCGGUCUACGUAGAAGGGGGAGAUGCCUCCGCGCUGGACCUCGCGUGCGGCCACCUGAGAAAGGCGAUCACAGGGGUACGACGAGGCACGGGCGCUGUGGUGGAUAUUAUGAUUAUGGGAGACUUCAACCGCCAUGAUCAACUCUGGGGCGGAGACGAGGUGUCCUUGGGAAGACAGGGCGAAGCAGAUCCGAUCAUUGACCUCAUGAGUGAAUUUGCUCUUAGCAGCUUGCUCAAGCGAGGCACGAAAACAUGGCAUGGCGAAGGACAGUAUGGGGACUGCGAAUCCACAAUUGACCUCGUCCUGGCCUCCGACAAUUUGGCAGACCUGAUGACCAGAUGUGUAAUACACGGGACUGAGCAUGGCUCGGAUCACCGGACGAUUGAGACGGUGUUCGAUGUACCGUGGUCAGCCCCGAAACAUCAGGAACGGCUUCUUCUGAAGAACGCGCCAUGGAAAGAGAUUAAUGCUAAAAUCGCAAGCACCUUGGCCGCUACUCCGUCGGAAGGCACCGUGCAGCAGAAAACAGACCGACUGAUGUCUGCAGUCUCAGAUGCAGUGCACACUUUAACUCCAAGAGCAAAGCCAUCGCCACACGCGAAGCGGUGGUGGACAACCGACCUGACACAACUCCGUUACAUAUACACGUACUGGCGCAAUCGCGCGCGAUCAGAACGACGGACUGGGCGAAAAAUACCUGAGCUCGAAAAGAUGGCCCAAGAUGCGGCAAAACAAUACCAUGAUGCCAUCCGCAAGCAAAAGAAGAAGCACUGGAAUGAUACCUGA